GGGAAUGUUGACUCAGUGAGAGGGCCGAAGCUCGUAUAAGUACACCAUCGUCUCCUUGUGUUGUCCCUCGUUGGGCAGCAUGAUUUGGCAGUGUCACAGUCGAGUUUGCCCGCCCACCAGCGCAUCGCCCGAGAUAUAUCACCGUACCUUUAUGUUCUCCUGAUCCACUGCAAAUUCCAGUAUUCAUUCAAAUCCCGUCCAGAACAUUCAGACAAAAUGAAUACCUUCACCUUCGCUUCAUUCUCCUUGCUGGUCACUUCCGCUGUCGCGGCUCCUUUCGACCUUGUCUCAAAGCGGCCCCUUGCAUCUCACGAAUGGACCCGGUCUUCCUCACCCCUUAACUCGAGAGCCAAUUGCCCAGCGCUGCUCCCGGACGGGGAGUUCGAGUUCCCUCACUACAUCACUCAGAUCUCGGCCUCAGAGCCUGACAAGGCCUUCGGAAACCAGUACAACGGCGUCUUCACCCCCAACGACAUCGCCUCCCUCUUCACCUUUGACAUCCCGGCGAGCCGCACCGAUGCCAACUGCACACUGCAGUUCAUCUUCCCCAAGCUGGAAGACCUAAAGACAAGCUCUUUCAGCUACAGUGGUGGUGGCAGUUUCUUCUUCGAGGGGUACAAUGCUGGGGACUGUCCUGGCCCCCAGACAACCUACAACAACCAGCCAGCCCCGGGUCCAUACCCUCCAUUCCCAGCUAUUCACAUGGAGCCUGGUUUCGUCUACACGCUGGAAACAGGACCUUGCUUUGUGACGGCCGGAACCUGCGUCGCUGGCAAAACCUAUACCAAUGACACAACAUUCACCUAUUUCCAGGACAUCGGGAACGCCGACAUUGGUGACUGCCCCAUUGGAAUUUACAACACGUACAGUUAUCUUUGAUGGGCAUAAUCACCUGUGGCUUCAUUCCUUUAUGAUUCUAGACAACACCAAAAUGUCUCGGUUGCAUUGUGGAGUUGUCUCAGACAUUUCGACUCCUCGGACUGAGAAACCCGCAAGCUCAGGGGGCUUUCACACUAACUUAAAAAUUC